AUGAACUUUGGUAUGAGCGAAAAAUUAGGGACAGUUGGGUAUCAUAUUGAACAAGAAGCAUUAAGCAAGCCUUUUAGUGAAGACACUAAUAGGAUCAUUGAUGAAGAAGUAAGAAGCAUUGUGGAAUGGUGCAUUAAAAAAACUAGAAGCUUGUUAGGAGAAAAGAAGGAAUUAGUAGAAAAAUUAGCAGAAACUUUGAUAGAAAAAGAAAUGAUUAAACAUAAAGAGCUUGUUGAAAUACUUGGAGAAAGACCAUUUGAAUAUCAGCAAGAAUAUCAAAAAUAUUUAGAAGAAGCCAAAAAGAACCAAGUAUAA